AUGGCUCACGUGUUCGUGUACGGGACCCUGAAGACGGGCCAGCCCAACCACCGGGUCCUGCUGGAGAGCGCCCACGGUCGCGCGGCCUUCCGGGGCUGGGGUCGCACGGUCGAGCCGUACCCGCUGGUGAUCGCGGGGCAGCGCAACAUCCCGUGGCUGCUGAACCUGCCGGGCCAGGGGCGCCGAGUGGCUGGGGAGGUCUACGCCGUGGACGAGCAGAUGCUGCGCUUUCUGGACGAGUUCGAAGGCUGCCCGGACAUGUACCAGCGCACCCGGGUGACAGUCGCUGUUGAGGGGGCGGGCGGGACCCUACAGUGCUUCGUGUACAGCACGGCCACCUACCCGCCCGAGUGGGUCCACCUCCCGUACCACGACGAUUACGACUCACAGGGGGAGCAUGGGCUUCGCUAUAGUCCGCGGGAAAGCAGAUGAGAAGUGCGAGGGGAACGGCCGCCCGAGGACCGAGAGCCUGGUGGUUGGAAGAUGGCCUCACUGGUCCGCACUCACUGAAUGCAAAAGCCCGAGAACACCCUUUGAAACGAACAUUUAUAAAUCUCUAUGGGGGGUGGGGGGGUGGGGCAGCCGAUUUCCCAAAUAAUUUUGACAUGACUAAUAACAAGAUUGUUUCCUGAAAUCUGUCUUGCUGAUGCUGCUUUAUUGCUUGCUGCUUAAAGAGCAUCAUGGGCUUGAACGUACUGGAUGAGAAAAACUCAGGAUUUUAAUUCCCCUAAAUGACAUUUUGAAAACUCAUGUUAUGCUUUUAUUAUGUUGGUGUUUUUUGUUUUUUCCUUUGCUUUGCUUUAGUUUGAAGAUAACAUUUAAAAUGAAUAUAAAGACUUUGUGUGGCAGCUAGAUUUUUAACAGCCCUGCUCUAUCAGUUCUGUCUGACCUGUAGCACUGAGAAAUUUUUUUAAAGUUGAUUUUAGACGUCUCAAUGUAAUAAAAGAACCUCAAGAAAAACACGCUGUAUUUUAGAGUACUUCUGAAUAUAUAUAACAUCAUUCUUCAUAAUUUUCAGAUCAGGCUUAUUUAUUACAGAGAUUAUUAAAGAUCAUUUAAGGUUAAACUAGAUGUUUUGGGAAAUCAAAUAUUAAAAGCAUUGGUGCUA